GUUUCACCACCUCCCAGAUCUAAAAAAAAAUCCUCCGUCAAACAAACAAACAUUCCUUCCUUCCUUCCCCAGAAAAAGAAGAAAAAAACGAUGUCGUCGGCGGUCUCGAGCACCAGCUCUCCUCCCCAGCCGCCGCCGCUGCGGUCGCUGCCGGGAUCCCACGGGUGGCCGGUGGUGGGGCCGAUGUGGGACAAGCUGAACUACUUCUGGUUCCAGGGCCCCGUCGAGUUCUACAAGAAGGGGAUCGAGAAGAACAAGUCGACGGUGUUCCGCACCAACGUCCCGCCGAGCUUCCCGCUGUUCGUGAGCGUGAACCCCAAGGUGGUGGCGCUGCUGGACACGACGUCGUACUCCCACAUGUUCGACCCGGAGAUCGCGGACAAGAGGGACACACUUCUGGGGGAUUUCAUGCCCAGCUUGGGAUACACCGGCGGCCAGAGGACCGUUCCGUAUCUCGACACGGAGGAGACCAAACACACUCAGAUCAAAAGGUUCGGGCUGGACAUCCUGAAGCGGGGCUCCAAGCUCUGGGUAUCGGAGCUCCAGAUCAACCUGGAGGAAAUGUGGUCCACCGUGGAAGCCGAGGUGUCGGCCAAAGGCAGCGCCAACUUCGUCAACCCGCUCAAGCAGAACAUGUUCAAGUUCAUCAACAAGUCCUGCCUCGGAGCCGACGUCUCCAAGUCGCCCGACAUCGCAAAAUCAGGGAUGUCGUACAUCGACCGGUGGUUCUUCCUCAUGGUCUUUCCGACGAUCAACAUCAACAUCGUCCAGCCCCUCGAGGAAAUCUUCCUCCACUCCUUCGCUUACCCUCCUUUCCUCGUCCGCGGCGGAUACAACAAGCUCAUUGACUUCAUCAAGACCGAAGCACGUGAAGUGGUCCAGCGUGGCAUGACCGAGUACGGACUGACCGAGGAAGAAACGGUCCACAACUUGUUCUUCAUGUUCUACUUCAACUGCCUGGAAGGGUUCAACCUCCUGCUCCCCGACAUACUGGGCCGGCUGUUCACCGACAAAACCGGCCUGCAAGACCGGCUCCGGGCCGAAGCCAGGCAGAACGGUGGGCCGGACCUAACUUUCGACGCGGUGAAACAGAUGCCCAACAUACGGUCCCUAGUCUGGGAGACCCUCCGGUUCAAGCCGCCGGUCCCGACCCAGUACUCCCGGGCCAGGAAGGACUUCAGGCUCAGCUCGCACGACGCGUCGUUCGAGAUCAAGAAGGGCGAGCUGCUGUGCGGCUAUCUGCCGCUGGUGAUGCGAGACCCGGUGAUAUUCAACGACCCGGAUACGUUCCAACCGGACCGGUUCGUGGGCGAGAAGGGGACCGAGCUGUUGAAGUACUUGUACUGGUCGAACGGACCGGAGACCGGUGAUCCGACCGCGACGAACAAGCAGUGCAUGGGGAAGGACUACGUGACCCUCUCCGCGUCGAUGCUCGUGGCCUACUUGCUGCGACGCUACGAUUCGAUAAGCGGGGACUUUACGACGAUCACGGCCCUUGAUGUGGCUAAGUGAUAUGAGAUAUUGAAGUGGUGGGUUUGAUGCGGACGGUUGUGAUUGUAAGUUUGAUUUCAUUUUUUCUUUAAUUUUCAUGUGUUGUUCUUGUGUUGUUGUGGCCUGUGGGCAAUAAUGGAAGGCCAGAUAUAUAUAUGGCUUUGGGGACUGAUCAAGUCGAGUCGUUUCUACUGUAUUGAACCGGU